UUAUGAAACCAACAAGAGUGCUAUUGUAGUGUAUGAAUGAAGGAAAUGCUGCGUGUAGGCGUUCUCCAUAGAAUAUAGCAGAGUUCCAUUGUGAUUUUUCCAUCAGCGCGGCCAGUUCCGUGGAAUGCGUGAACUUCAAAAGACGCAUCCACUUAACCACAAUCUCGUUUCUGGUUUGGAAGAAAAGAAGUACGCAAUUAAUUUUGGUUAGAGCGCACCUAGACGACCAGAAAUUUCGAGGGGCACCGUGGAUAUAUGUUAGAGUGAGUUGUGAAGCAAGUUCCUGAUGGCGAGCAGUGCUAAAAAAGCAAGGAUGGAGCAGUUUGCUGGAGACGGGUACGAUACGUGGAAGGUCCGCAUCGAGACCCUGCUUGCGGCUCAUGGCGUAAGGGAAGCCAUCGAGCAGGACCCACCGGCAGAAUUGGCUGCGCUAAAGAGGAAAAGGGCGUUCAAAGCGAUGGACGAAAUGGCGAAAGCGUUGUUGGUGUCUUCCAUUGCCGACAGCCAUCUCAAAUAUGUCCAGGACAAACCGACGGCCAAGGCCAUGUGGGCUUCAUUGGCCAACACAUUCGGGAAGUCUGGGAUUGCUGCUCAAAACAGUGUGGUUGCCCCUACCAGCACAGUAAAGGUAAACGUUCCUACACCGAAACCCCUCGAUACGUCGCUCCGCUCGAGACGCCUGAUGAAGGAGCUGAAGGAGAUCGAGCAGUCGCAGCACUCCCGGACGGAACCUUGCUUCACGGUGGAGUUGAUCAACGACAACCUGUACGAGUGGCACGCGCGACUUUAUCGUAUCGAUCCGGAUUCGCCGCUGGCCAAGGAUCUGGUCGAGCUGAACAUUCCCUUCAUCCUGCUGCACCUGGUGUUCCCGGAGAACUUCCCGUUCGCGCCACCGUUUAUGCGCGUCGUCGAGCCCUGCAUCGAGAAGGGGUUCGUGAUGGCGGGCGGUGCCAUCUGUAUGGAGCUACUGACACCGCGCGGCUGGUCCAGCGUGUACACGAUCGAGGCGAUCCUGAUGCAGUUCGCCUCUAGUGUUGUCCAGGGUCAGGGCCGGGUCUCUCAGAAUCCCAAAUCCUCCAAGUACUAUAGCCGCCGCACAGCAGAGAAAACCUUCCAGACGUUGGUGCAAACGCACGAGAAGUAUGGCUGGGCAACGCCGGCCCUCAAAGAUGGUUAGAGUGGCGAGCACACAGCAGCAGUAUGCUCAUCACCGAUCGAUCGAUGCACAAACAACUUCACGAACUAAGUGGAAUUAAAUGUAUUUCAAAACCAGUGUCCUUGCGGCUCCGGCCCUCGAACUUACAUAGAUAUAAAUAUAUUUUGUGCAAAAACA